AUGGUCUCCGAGCAGAGCCCCCUCCUCUCCAACGAGGGUGAGGCCCAAGCCUCCAACCGCGCCGAGCAUGAUAGCGACGGCGGCGGUAGCGGUAGCGGCAGCGACAUCGACAAGAGGCGCCGCUGGUCGCGCCUGCGCGAGGCUGGCAUCUUUGUCUGGGCCCUCGUCGCAACUGCCGCCGUCAUCGUCAUAGCCGUCUGGGCCCAGCACAACCAGCAGACCUCCCGCGCCCCGAGUCGCUCCGACAAGCGCAACCUCGUCUUCAUGGUCUCCGACGGCAUGGGCCCGGCCUCUCUUGCUCUUACUCGGAGCUUCCGCCAGCACGUCGAUGGCCUGCCCGAGAACGACACCCUCGUCCUCGACAAGCACUUCUGGGGGUCCAGCCGCACGCGCUCCAGCAACUCCCUCGUCACCGACAGCGCCGCCGGCGCCACCGCCUUCUCCUGCGGCAAGAAGAGCUACAACGGUGCCAUUUCCGUCCUGUCAGACUACGAGCCAUGCGGCUCCGUGCUUGAGGCCGCCAAGAGAGCCGGCUACAUGACCGGCCUGGUGGUCACGACGGACAUUACGGACGCAACUCCCGCCUGCUUCGCCAGCCAUGUCCUUCUCCGCCAGAUGCAGGACGACAUCGCCCUCCAAGAAGUUGGCCAUGGUGUGCUGGGGCGGUCAGUCGAUCUCAUGCUGGGCGGCGGCCGGUGCCACUUCCUGCCCAAUGGCACCGACGGGAGCUGCCGCGCCGACGAUGUCGAUGUCAUCAAGCUGGCGCAGGACAAGUAUGGUUGGACCUACACCGACAGCCGCGACGGCUUCGAUAAGCUCAAGGGCGGUGACAAGGCGCAUCUCCCCCUCCUAGGACUCUUUGCCUCAUCCGACAUCCCAUUCGAGCUAGACAGGAAGAACAUGAACGACGUCUACCCCAGCCUCAGCGAGAUGGCCAAGACCGCGCUGCGCGCCCUCGAGCGGGCCACGUCCGGCAGCGACAAGGGUUUCUUCCUCAUGAUCGAGGGCAGCCGCAUCGACCACGCUGGACACAUCAACGACCCUGCCGCCCAGGUCCGGGAGGUCCUCGAGUACGACAAGGCCUUCAAGGCCGUCCUGGACUUCAUCGGCGACACUGAUACGGAGACCGUCCUUGUUGCCACCAGCGACCACGAGACAGGUGGCCUCGCCACAGCGCUGCAAGAGCCUGGCCACCUCCCUGUGUAUAACUGGUAUCCUGAGGCCCUCGCCAAGGCCUCGGCAUCGUGCGAGAGGCUCGCGCACAAGCUCCAGGACCACGUCUCGAAGCAGUCUACGCCCCUCUCGCAGCCCGAUCUCAAGGCGUGGAUCAACAACGAGCUCGUCAUUCCCGGGCUCGGCGUAACCGACGCAACCGACGAGGAGCUCUCCCUCCUCGCCGCGGACCCCGAGGGCGCCACCAACAACUUCGCCGCCGUCAUCUCCCUUCGCGCGCACGUCGGCUGGAGCACGCACGGGCACACGGCCGUCGACGUCAACGUCUACAGCUCCGGUGGGCCCGAGGCCGACAGGAUCCGCGGCAACGUCGAGAACACGGACGUGGGCAAGUUCCUCAGCCACUACCUCGGCGUCGACGUUGAUACCAUCACCAAGGAGCUGCGCGAGAAGACAGCCCGGCCCCGCGUUGCGGCUGCUGGAGCCGACGAGGCGGCGUUGCAGUGGAAGAGCAGCUACCACGAGUACGAGGGUAUGCAGUAG